CAUGAGGUUCAUGAUUCUGCUGAGUUUCGCGUCCCUGAUUUGGAUUGCCAGUGGCAUCCAGAUUGAUUGCGACAAACCCGAGUCCAUCAAUGAGGAGCACAUCCAUUACUGCUGCAAGCAUCCCGAUGGCCACAACGACAUCAUUGAGAACUGCGCCAAGGAGACGGGCUUUCAUCUGGCCAGCCAGACCGAGGAGGCUUUGGUGGACAUCACGGCGGAUCGGGCCAUUCGAGGCACGUGCUUUGGCAAGUGCAUCCUAAACAAACUCGACCUGAUGAAGGACAACAACGUGAACAUGGAUGGUGUCAGGAAGUAUUUUAAUUCAAAGUUCGGAAACGAUCCUGAGUAUGCCAAGGAAAUGAUUAAUGCCUUCGACCACUGCCAUGGCAAAAGCGAGGACAAUACCUCCAAGUUCCUGUCGAAGCCUAUCUUUAAACAGAUGUCCCAGCAGUUCUGUGAGCCUAAGCCCAGCGUGGUUCUAGCGUGCGUCAUCCGUCAGUUCUUCCACAAUUGUCCUGCGGAUCGUUGGUCCAAGACCAAGGAAUGUGAGGACACUUUGGCCUUUAGCAAAACAUGCCAGGACGCACUGGCCACUUUGUAA